ACAGAGAAAAUGCAACCUGCUACACUACUGAUUGAUGAACCUGGCGUCUCUUCUUCCUUCCUCCGCGUUGGUUUUUCUCGCCCCUGGUCAACUCCUAAGCGGCUCCAUCCAUCCCUGCUGCUGCGGCUGCUGCUUCUCCACCGUUUCACGCCCCUGCUGCUGCACCUACGCCGGAGAUGACGGGCUGCUCUUCUUCCGUCGAAAGCCUGCUCAGUCCACGGUGAGAGAGGCGCGUUCCGGAAGAGGAGCUCCAACUGGAGAGCCAAGCUAAACACUUACCCACGGCUGCACGUGGCAUAUGCUUCUGGUUCUGGAGUAAGCUGUUUCAGCCACUCCAAGCUCGCUCAGGUGCAGCACAAGCAUAACUGGAGAGCCAAGCUGAACACUUAUCCAGCCAGAGAUGGCUGGAAUAAUGGUGAGCGCUUCUACCGGGGUGAUGAACUCUCUCCUGGGUAAGCUGGCCACCCUGAUGGGGGACGAGUUUGCCAAGCUAAAGAACCUGAGAAACGAGGUGAAGGACAUCAGCAAUGAGCUGAGCAGCAUGAAGGAUGCUCUAGAGUGCCUUGCUGAUGUGGAUGAGCUCGAUAUACAGACCGCAAGGUGGAGGGACGCGGUCAGGGAGAUGUCUUACGACAUUGAGGAUAUCGUCAAUGACUUCAUGUGCAAAAUUGGGGAGAAACACAAAAAAUCUGGGUUUGUCCAUGAGAUUAUUCAACGCCUCAAAACAUCAAAGGACCGCCAUCAGAUUGCUGGGCAGAUCGAGGAGAUCAAGAAACUUGUGCAUGAAACAAGUGAACGGCGUGAAAGAUAUAGGCUCAAUGUCCUCACAUCAGGCAAUUUGGCAGUUGAUCAACGAGUUGUCGCACUCUAUGAGAAUGCAUCUAAACGUGUUGGUAUGGAGGGCCCAACCAAUGAACUUGUCAUUUGGCUAGAAGACGAGGAGAAGAAGUUGAAGAUUGUAUCAAUUGUUGGUUUUGGAGGUUUAGGUAAAACAACACUCGCCAAUGAGGUAUACCGUAAGCUGAAGGGAGAAUUUCAUUGUGGUGGAUUUGUGCCAGUGUCUCAAAAGCCAAAUAUUUCAAAACUUCUGCAUAGUUUACUAAUCCAACUCGGGUGUGGACAAUCUUUUAAAGAUUGUGAGUUAAAUGUACUUCUCGACCAGCUCAGAGAAAAUCUAGAAAAUAAGAGGUACAUCAUUAUCAUCGAUGAUCUAUGGGAUGUAUCAGCAUGGGGUAUUAUUAAAUGUGCUUUCCCUGAAAAUGAUCUUGGUAGCAGAUUAAUAGUAACUACAAGAAUCAAGAAUGUGGGUGAGGCAUGUUGUUUGGGUCACCACAAGCGCAUUCUGGAAAUGAAACCUCUUAGUGAAGAAGACUCAAGAAAAUUGUUUUUCGAUAGGAUAUUUUGUUCUGAAGAAGCUUGUCCAGGUCAACUCCGAGAUGUUUCAGUUGAGAUUCUCAAGAAAUGUGGUGGCUUGCCACUUGCAAUCAUUAGCAUAUCCAGCCUAUUAGCAAGCGGAAGUUCCCACCAAUAUGAGAGGUGGAAACUUGUAUGGAAUUCUUUGAGGUCAGUAUCGGACACAAAUCUCACCUUGGAAGCAAUGAGACAGAUCUUGAACCUUAGCUACAAAAAUCUUCCUCACCACCUCAAGACAUGCUUCUUGUAUCUUGGCAUGUUUCCAGAGGACUAUAUAAUAGAGACGACUGUUUUGAUGGGUCAGUGAGAUUUUGCAAAGUACAUGAUAUGCUGUUGGAUCUUAUCUUGUACAAGUCUGGAGAAGAGAAUUUUAUUACCGUAGUAGAGAGCCCAGAGGACAUUACAGGACAACUUCAAAAGACCCGUCGGAUGAACUUAAACUUGGAUGGUGCAAAAUUGCCAGAGAACGUUAGUAUGUCACAAGUGCGAUCAUUUGCAAGUUGGAGAGGCUCCAUGAAU